AUGGCUUCAGGAUCCAUAGAUUCUCUUGUCCACCAAAGCUCAACACUAGAAAAACCCAUGUCAGAUUCUCCAAAAACCUUGUUUGAUCUUCCACCUGACUCCUUUUGGGUCCCCAAAGACUACGAGCAAGAUUGGUUUGAUCGAAAUGCAAUGAUGCAACGCAAAACCUCCAUAAAACUCGCUGGUUCAACUCAGAACUCCAAGUCCUUUUCUCACCGUUCUUCAAUCUCUUUCAACCAAAAACACAGAAAAUCUCUCAUUGGACUCGCAGGUUCUACUCAAACACCUCGCUUGGGCUUCACUGGCGAUGCUAAUCAACGGCUAAACCAGGUGGGAAAUCCUUCGUUGUUCAGAAGCUGGUCUGAACCGGGAGGUAAGCCUCCAAUGCAGCUAUCUGAACCGGGUUCUCCUAGGGUAUCUUGUACUGGAAGGAUUGGAUUCAAGAAUGGUGGUCAUAGGACAACCGGUUUUUUGAGGCUCUUCAACUCGAUUUUUCGCCCUGGGCGAUCGGUUAAAGGGGAAAUUGCAGGUGGAUUUGAAAGAAAAAUUGGACCGACCGGUAAGGUAGAACCGAAACGGUCCGUGUAA